AUGGGUUCAAUCGGAGAAAAAGAAUUCGUCGUUCCGAAUCCCUUCCAGACUCGCAUUCUCAACGGACAAGUCACCCCAAUUGUGACAAUCAAGUAUGCUAUCGGCAAUGAGGUUGCAAUGAUGGCUAAGAUGGCCGGUUUCCACGGAAUCUUCAUUGACAUGGAGCACUCUGCCUUCAGUUUACGCGAGGUGUCGCAGCUUAUUUUGGCCUGCAACUACGUCGGCGUUGCCCCCGUUGUCCGAUCUCCAUCCAAGUCUCACUGGCAUAUCAGUCGCAUUCUCGACGCCGGCGCUGCGGCAGUCGUGAUUCCUCACAUCGAGUCUGUUCAAGAAGUCCGGGACAUUGUUCAUCACGCGAAGUAUGCGCCCAUUGGCGCCCGCGGCUGCACGAACAACCAGCCUGCCUUCAACUUCCAACAUAUCCCCACCUUGAAGCAGAAUGAGGCAUUGAAUGCACAGACAAUGCUAAUUCCAAUGAUCGAGACUCCUGGUGCUGUAGAUCUAGCAGAGGAGAUCUUCGCAAUUGACGGUGUGGAUGGAGUUUUGAUCGGCUCAAACGAUCUUACUACGGACUUGGGGAUCCCGGGGAAGUAUGAUGAUCCCCUGUACCUGAACUCUGUGGCAAAGAUUAUCAAUGCCGGAAAGAAGUUCGGCAAGCCGAUUGGAGUCGGUGGCAUUGGCGGUCGCCUGGAUCUCCUGGAGCGGUGGUUCAAUUUGGGCGCAACCUGGUCUCUGAGUGGCCAGGACGGGGCGAUCUUGCAGAAGGCAUUCAAGCAAAUUGUCCAGAACUAUGAUGAGAUCAACCAAAGGGUGCAAAAGCAGAAGGCAUAG